AUGCAAACCAUGUCUUCGACAGACGUUCCUGGCCCGUCGGCCACGACCAUUUCCUCCGCGACUGCUUCGUCUGUCGCCUCGACGCCAUCUCCAUCGAUCUCGAGUGUCACCAACACUCCGUCCACUUCGUCUUCGGCCGCGCGCCGCCCUCAUCGCAAGAGCACUUUGACCCAGCAGCAGAAGAACAACAAGCGUCAACGGGCUACCCAGGAUCAAUUGUCUACUCUCGAGGUGGAAUUCAACAAGAACCCUACUCCUACCGCUGCCACAAGGGAACGAAUUGCCCAACAAAUCAACAUGACUGAGCGUUCCGUGCAAAUUUGGUUCCAAAACCGCCGCGCCAAAAUAAAAAUGCUUGCUAAGAAAAGCAUUGAAACGGGUGAAGGCUGUGACUCUAUUCCCGAGUCCAUGCGUCAGUACCUCGCCAUGCAGGUCGACCCGAACAAGCCUGGCGCAAGGGAUGCGUUUGGCCGCACGGGGGGCUAUGGAGCCAACGGCUACCCCAAUGAAUCCGCCCCUUCAGGCAAAGUUGUCAUUCAUCACUUCACAUGCCGCUCGUUGAGCAUUGGCAGCUGGCGCCGCAUCGGGCAAAAUGCUAUGGACUUGGUGGUCUUCUACUCGCCAGAGAAGGCCUGCAUGACCUACUACAUCAACAAUGACUCCGCCGGCUACAAGAUCGAGUACCCCUUCUCCCACAUCAAGAACAUCACUCUGGAGUCGGGUGACCAAGGUCCUCAACCCAACGGUGCUCCUCCCAGGCCUGGUGGCUUGGUCGUGGAGUUGAAUCGUCCGCCGCUUUUCUACAUGGACUCCUCCAACUCUGGAGGUUUCUAUCAGUGUGGUGAUUUCACCGAAGAGCAGCAGGCCAGUCAGAUUCUGGUUCAUCAUCUUGGAGGUCAUCCCAAGGUUCUUAGCGUUCAGCUCGCCAAAUUGGUCUCUUUGGAGUCUUUCCAAAACCGUAUGGCGUACACCAACUUUGCCAUGCCAGCCCCUCCGAUGUCGCCGCCCUUUAUCCAACGCCCGGCUUCGCAGCCCAACCACCACUUCACAGCUCCGUUCAUGGGAAUGUACCAGGAUGCGCCUCAGCACCACCACCCGCAUUUGAGCCUACACCCCGGUCGAGGACACAAGCGCCAACGGAGUCGCUCCGUCCCAGUUGCGGUGGAUUUCUCGGCAUUGCAAGCGCCGCUGUCUUUUAACAUGCCGCAGACAUCACCGUACACAAGCCAUGCAGACUCGGGGAUUUACGCCCCGGUUCCUCAAUCGGCUCACCCAUUGUCUCUCAACCUGCGGAUUGACACUUCGACUCCCUACGGAAUGGAUCCUCGAGGCCCUCCAAUGUCUGCGACCACCGCAGCCUCUCCGUCCGAAUUUGCGAGCCCAUCCAUGUUCACCACAGCGGCAGGCGAGUCCACUCCGAUCGCUACGACUAUGGGGGCGCCAUUCCACAUGCCAUUUGUUUCGCCGGCAGUAGAAUCGUCGCACAUGGCGUCGCAGUCUGCCUCACCAUACUCGACCGUCAGUGCUGCCGACCCCAUGAUCGCCAACCACUCGCCGCCGCUGUCGAACAUGCCGCACGCGUCGACGGAGAUGUACGGUUUUGGACAUGAGAAUCACUCCUCGCUCGCGGACGAGGGAAUGGGACUGGGUGAGAUGUAUCCCAAACAAAAUGUGAACUACUCUGUUCCCACUAGCAUGGGUCUCGAGAGCAACAACUUUGAAAUCCCCAUUCACACUCUGUCCGGCCACAACUCGCCAAGUGUUCACGGCGACUAUCAGAGCAUGGGUUCGUUGGAUAACGUGGAUCCUCACACGUUGGCACCUGGAUCGUGA